AUUCAAGUUAAAUUCAAGGAGUCAUUGUGUGGUUUAAGUGUCGGCUUGCUCCAAGCCGCUCACAGCACCCAAAACCAUGUCGUCAUCAGGACUCGACGAGAUUGAUUUGAAUUCUCUAAGGGACCCGGCUGGAAUCUUCGAGCUAAUUGAGGUUGUUGGAAAUGGAACUUACGGGCAAGUGUAUAAGGGUCGACACGUUAAAACAGCGCAACUUGCUGCAAUCAAAAUUAUGAAUAUCAACGAAGAUGAAGAAGAUGAAAUUAAGUUAGAAAUUAAUAUGCUAAAGAAGCACUCCCACCACCGGAACGUAGCCACUUAUUAUGGUGCUUUCAUCAAAAAGCUGCCCUCUUCGACCGGAAAACACGAUCAAUUAUGGCUGGUAAUGGAGUUUUGUGGAAGUGGUUCUAUCACCGAUCUUGUAAAAAACACAAAGGGAGGCUCUUUGAAAGAAGAAUGGAUUGCAUAUAUUUGUAGAGAAAUUUUGAGGGGACUUUACCACUUGCAUCAAAGCAAAGUUAUCCAUCGUGACAUAAAAGGUCAAAAUGUGCUUCUUACGGACAGUGCUGAGGUGAAGCUGGUAGAUUUCGGAGUAUCUGCACAACUUGACAAGACAGUUGGAAGAAGAAACACAUUUAUUGGAACACCAUACUGGAUGGCUCCCGAAGUUAUUGCAUGUGAUGAAAGCCCUGAAGCUACUUAUGAUUCACGUUCGGAUUUAUGGUCUUUGGGAAUCACGGCAUUAGAAAUGGCGGAAGGUCAUCCACCGUUGUGCGAUAUGCAUCCGAUGAGAGCGUUAUUUUUAAUUCCAAGAAAUCCGCCGCCAAAGUUGAAAAGAAAUAAGAAGUGGACCAAGAAGUUCGAGACUUUUAUUGAGACUGUACUUGUGAAGGAUUACCAUCAAAGGCCCUACACUGGAGCCCUACUUCGUCAUCCAUUUAUCAAAGAACAACCACAUGAGCAAACGAUCCGGCAUUCAAUCAAAGAGCAUAUUGACCGAAAUCGGCGGGUGAAGAAGGAUGAUGCAGACUACGAGUAUUCCGGCAGUGAAGAUGAUGAACCAUCUCCGAACAAUCGUGGUCCUUCAAUGGGCAUUCGAGAUGACUCGGAGAGCAGUUCAAUGAUUCCAAUGGAUAACACAUUGCGUAAAGGCUUUCAAAAAUUGCAAGAGAGUAGUCGUGGUUUUGCAGAACCAGGUGCUCAGCAGCUGAGGAGACUGCCCCAGCAACCAGCACCAGCUCCAUUCCAAUAUCAGCAGUCUCGAUACGUUGAGCCAAGACGAGAAUCAUCCGAAGUCAAACUGAGGGCUGUUUCAUCUAGAGGAGCUGCCGAUGGUCCACGUCAUUCGCCAGCAUCAAGGCCACGGCCCGUGAGUCAUCAUCAGCGAUCUCCACAACAAUCCCAUCCUGCAGCCCCACACUUGGCGGAUUUAGCAAACUAUGAAAAAAGAAGACGAUCGGAACGAGAAGAGCGACGGGAAAGAGAACGUCAGGCUCACCACGCUAUGCCGAUUGCACGUGUUUCUGCAAGUGUACCUGCUCCACAACAGUCUCGAAAAAUGUCAGAACCCCUUCUGAUCACUCAUGUAAAACCAGAAGAUCUUGACGUGCUCGCCAGUGAGCUUUCUAAAAUGGGCGGUCAUCACAAUGGACGCAGUCGCGAGGAGAGCAUGAGCCCACCGCCACCGGCGCCACCACCGCGUGAGGCAUCGAUCUCGUCUAUCACAGACACGAUUGACGUGGGUGAAUUGGAUAAUGGAGCAGAUGCGGAGUGGGACGAUUUGAAGGACAUUAUGAUGAACGGAGAAGGCACACUGCGCGGCCCGAAUAAGCCGCUUCCGCCAACACCGACAGAUGGCGAGAAUACACUUGUGUCAGAUGUGCGUCGCAAUGGAAAUGGAAAUAGUGGCCAUGGGGCUUACAAGGGAAAGAAAAUUCCAGAGAUUCGCCCUGGAAUUAUCUCUCUUGACGACGACGACAGCGACUCGGACAACGAGGAAGGCAACGAGCCCCUUAUGUUCAAACCAAUUAACGCCUCAAGCUCGCGCGGCGCCCUGCCAGAUCUCUUGCCCAAAUCGCCACAACUCCGCCGUCAAAUAAAUGACCAAACACGCCAGAUGAGUGACGAUCGUGCAGAUGAGCAACCAAAUGGAUUCCAAAACUCUGACAGCCGUUCAUCAAUUCAGCAUUCAUUUUCGAAUCGUGAUCGCGAAAAGUCAUUUGUUGGAUAUUUUGGUGGUGGCGCCGGAGCCGGUGGUGGCACAGUAAAUCGACCAGGGAGACCGCAAGACAUUAACCAAGUUCAAGUUAAUGUGACACCAAAUUCUAAUGGAACACCAGCUGAGAACGAUGCUCCAGAAAUCAGGAAGUACAAGAAAAAGUUCAGUGGAGAGAUUUUGUGUGCAGCUCUCUGGGGAGUUAACUUGCUUAUUGGAACAGACAGUGGACUUAUGCUUUUGGAUCGAAGUGGACAAGGAAAAGUUUACCCGCUCAUCAGUCGGAGAAGGUUUGAUCAGAUGACGGUUCUCGAGGGACAAAAUAUUCUCGCAACAAUUUCCGGAAGAAAAAGGAGAAUCAGAGUGUAUUAUUUGAGCUGGCUCCGUCAGAAAAUUUUAAGAACAGAGGGUGCUGGAAGCGCCAAUACGACUGAAAAAAGAAAUGGAUGGGUUAAUGUUGGAGAUUUGCAAGGAGCCAUUCAUUUCAAAAUUGUUCGCUAUGAAAGGAUAAAGUUCUUGGUAGUUGGUCUAGAGUCGUCAAUUGAGAUUUAUGCGUGGGCACCGAAGCCAUACCAUAAGUUCAUGAGUUUCAAGUCAUUCGGAUCUUUGAGUCAUGUUCCUUUGAUUGUCGACUUGACAGUUGAAGACAAUGCAAGACUCAAGGUUCUUUAUGGAUCGACAGGUGGAUUCCAUGCAAUUGAUUUGGAUUCUGCAGCGGUCUAUGAUAUUUAUACGCCAGCACAGAGCGGUCAAACUACGACUCCACAUUGCAUAGUUGUUCUUCCAAACUCCAAUGGAAUGCAACUCCUUCUCUGUUAUGACAAUGAGGGAGUAUAUGUUAACACGUACGGAAGGAUGACAAAGAAUGUAGUCCUGCAAUGGGGAGAAAUGCCAAGCAGUGUGGCGUACAUUUCAACGGGUCAGAUUAUGGGAUGGGGCAACAAGGCGAUUGAGAUUCGAUCCGUUGACACUGGCCAUUUGGAUGGAGUGUUUAUGCACAAGAAAGCUCAGAAGCUGAAAUUCUUGUGUGAGAGAAAUGAUAAAGUAUUCUUCUCGUCUGCGAAGGGUGGAGGGUCUUGCCAGAUCUACUUCAUGACCUUAAAUAAGCCAGGGUUGACAAAUUGGUAAACUGGUCUCGAAUCAAUCGUUUUCCAUUUUUUAAAAUAUGUAUUUGUAAAAUAAUCAUUUAUCAAAAAAAAUUAAUAAUAAUUGUUAUGGUCGUGUGAUUGUUGUCGUCAUGAGAACCAUCAUUCUCUCCCGUUUCCCCGCUUUUAGCCAAUUUCAAAGUCAUUUUCUAACCAUGAAACCAUCUCGAUACUAUUCCCUCUUCCGCAACUGUAUUUCAAGCAUCCAUCCAGGAUUUCAAAUAACCUAAUAUGUUAAAAUCUACACUUUCCUCUUCAUUUUCCCCGUUUCAAAAUGUUUAUGAAUAAAGAUAAAACAACAAAAAUUUGCUCACAAUGUGAUUAAAUCGCUUUUUAGGCAUUUCAUGUACAUUUCCGUCACCCUUCUCCAAAUCAAAAGUGCUCAUACUCGUAUUAUUUGAAUAUUAUCCUAAUCAUUUUUCAAAUUCCUCCGUCCAAUUGCCUAAUCAUAAUUUUCUUUGUUCUAGUUCUGAUUUAUUUUUCCUUUGAAUAAUUGUCUCAAAAUUUAAAUAAACAAUUAAAAUCCU